AUGAGAGUUCUGAAAUCACAGUUUGAGCUAACUGAAAUUCGCAGCUCAUGGCACUCAGUGAACCAGAUACCCAUCUCUUCCUUUGCCUAUCUUCGCAAGUCCAGGUCUGCAGCUUCUGCUCUCUCUGCGGCACUUCGUCGAACACGACGUGGGCGAGGGAGGAUUGCGUCGACCACCAAUCCGGCAGCGUCGGUCCGGUCGCCGGAAAUCAGGAGGCCGCUUGAUAGGUCCGGUCCUGGGAAUGGGUUGUCAUUUGUUCCUUCGAAUCCGCCUUCUACUUCGACUUCUGGGGAUGAGGCGGUUUCCGAUAUGGACCUGUUCCUUGAAUUAGUGCCGUUGAGGAUGAGGAGCGAACUCUUCAGCCAUCAGGAGAUCGGAGAGUUGAUUGAGGUGGUCUUGGAUUUGGGCAGAAAGCCUCUAGCUCGUUUCCCUUCCGGAGAUUGGGUUAUGUCGGAACAACCUGUGAAGUUGGAGGAUCUGCAACAUGCUAUCUCAAAGAUUGGUGAUUUUUCGGAUGACAACCGGUCUGGUAUCGAUCGCUCCCUGCAUCGCAUUAGUGCUAUCCGAAACCGUAAAAUGCAAGUAAUAGGUCUUACUUGCAGAGUUGGUCGAUCGGUAUCUGGAAGUGCUGAAAUGAUUCGAGAUUUGGUUGAAGAGGGAGGUUCCAUAUUGGUUAUAGGCCCCCCGGGAGUGGGCAAAACAACCUUAAUCAGGGAAAUAGCAAGAAUACUGGCAGAUGACCAGAACAAACGUGUAGUUAUUGUUGAUACAUCAAAUGAGAUUGGUGGUGAUGGCGAUGUUCCUCAUUCUGGAAUUGGACGUGCCAGAAGGAUGCAAGUCCCAAAUGUUAACAUGCAGCAUAAUGUGAUGAUUGAGGCAGUAGAAAAUCACAUGCCACAAACCAUUAUAAUUGAUGAAAUUGGAACUGAGCUUGAAGCUCUGGCUGCAAGUACAAUUGCCCAGAGAGGAGUCCAGCUUGUUGCAACAGCACAUGGAGUGACUAUCGAGAGUAUAAUAAAGAAUCCGUCGCUGCAAAUUCUUGUAGGUGGCAUUGAGAGUGUGACUCUAGGCGAUGAGGAAGCGAGGAAAAGGAAAGUCCAGAAAACAAUUCUUGAGAGGAAAGGGCCUCCUACAUUUACGUGUGCAGUAGAGAUGAUAUCAAGAACAGAGUGCAGGGUUCAUCACAGACUGGAUGCAACAGUAGAUGCCAUACUUGCUGGGAAGUCUCCUCUCUUUGAACUACGCCGUUCAGAUGAAGAUUGUGAUUCUUUAAAAUCGUCCGCAAGCUCUGAAAAGGAUUUAGUAGAGGACUCCAAGUUGAUAAAUGAUCAAGAUGAAAAAGUUGAAUCAGAUUCUGGAGACGAAGUCGGAGAUUAUCUACGAAUGUACAGGAAAGUGGACAGUUACAGAUAUCUUAAUAAAAGAGAUUCUCCUGUCCGUAUAUACACUUUCAAGAUCCAGGAAACUGAUCUGCUUCAGGUAGCAGCUGUAAUGGGUCUUGUUGAUGAAAUAGAUGUCACUGGCGACAUUGGUGCGGCCGAUGCUAUUUUAGCCUCUAGUUCUGAAAUGAAGCAGAAUCCUUGGAUCCGCGGUAUUGCCAAGUUCCACAAGAUACCCAUAUUUGUUAUUAAGUCAAAUACAAUGGCUCAAAUUGUGAAGGCUAUCCGUAUGAUCCUUCGAAUGGAUUCUUUUAGUUCUAAAACAAAUGAACUGGUCAAUGACUCUCUAGAUAUUGAAAUUGAAGAUGAUGCUCCAAAAAGAAAACCAUCACUGGAGGAAAUCGAUGCAUUGGAGGAGGUGCGACUUGCAAUCGAGUACAUUGUGAUACCAGGUGGUGAACCUGUAGAACUUCUUCCAAGGCGCUCUGAGAUUGUUGCGCUACAAUUGGAGCUUGUGCAAAGUUAUCAGUUGUCUGCUGAGAACUCAGGAACAGAGUUAAACCCAAGGUUACAAAUUCUUCCUCAAAAGCUAAAUAAGAGUACUUCAAAAUCCUCCAAAUCUCCUGCAAAAGACACCAACUUUAAUUACUUAACCGACAGUGGAGCCUCUGGUCUUACACGGCUUCCAUUUCUGCCUGAAUAA